CAGCACCUUCACCCAACCACACGUCAUUUGUGCCGUUUCUUUUUUUUGGCAUUCUCACAUGGUAGCCUCUGCCGUCCAUGAAUCCCUCUGAGCAGCAGCGAACAUCCGUACCAUCGGAUCUGGAAAAAGAGAAGGAACUCGACAUGCCGAAUGUGUCCUCGAGAGCCUCGAGCCAGUCGCGAAUAGAUGGGAGGACCCCUGAGUCUCACCGGCCUCUUGCCACAAAGGAGGCGCAGGAGUUGGCAGGAGAAACUCCUGCGGGCUUCGAGGCAUCGGGAGAGCAGAAGCCGCACAGGAGCAAGCUCAAGAUUGCUCUCAUAAUGCUCUCCCUAGGCAUUUCUGUGCUCCUUGUCGCCAUCGAUAUAACCAUCGUGACCACCGCUCUCCCUACGAUUUCUGAGCACUUUCAUUCUGCAGCUGGUUACACCUGGAUUGGCUCAGCCUAUCUUAUUGCGAAUGCUGCAGCGACGCCAAUAUGGGGCAAAGUCUCAGAUAUCUUCGGUCGCAAGCCUAUUCUACUUGUGACGAAUGUCAUCUUCUUCAUUGGAUCCCUGCUGGCAGCCGUAUCCGUAAACAUAAAUAUGCUGAUCACCGCAAGAGUAGUUCAAGGAAUAGGUGGAGGGGGGUUGAUAGUGCUUGUCAACAUUGCGAUAUCGGAUCUUUUUGCGAUGCGCGAACGUGGGGCAUAUUUUGGGAUAAUAGGAGGAGUUUGGGCACUUGCAUCUAGCUUGGGACCAGUGGUAGGAGGUGCAUUUACGCAGAAUGUCUCGUGGAGAUGGUGUUUUUACAUCAAUUUACCAUUAGACGGUCUAGCCUUCUUCAUCAUCCUCUUCAUACUCGAUCUCCACACCCCAAAGACGCCGUUGCGCAAAGGACUAAAAGCCGUGGAUUGGCUCGGCGCAUUCACAAUGGUUGUGGGCACAACCAUGCUCCUUCUUGGCCUGGAAUUCGGUGGAGUCUCAUUUCCCUGGAAAUCUGCAACUGUCAUUUGUUUAAUUGUCUUCGGGGUCAUUACGAUAGGGUUUUUCUUCGUCGUUGAGUACCGGCUUGCGCCAUACCCAUUGAUGCCCCUCGAUCUCUUCUCAAAACGUUCGAAUCUUGCCGCCCUCGGAGUGUGUUUUUUCCACGCCUUCGUUUUCAUAUCGGGAUCAUAUUUUCUCCCGCUUUAUUUCCAGGCGGUUCUCGGUGCGACUCCAAUUCUAUCGGGGGUCUACCUCCUCCCAACGGCGCUGUCGCUCUCAUUCCUUUCCGCUUUUACAGGGAUUUUCAUCCGAAAGACUGGCCAGUAUCUUCCACCUAUAUGGGCGGGUAUGACCUUCAUGACCAUAGGCUUUGGACUCUUCAUCAACCUUGGUCCUAGUUCCCCCUGGGCAAAAAUCAUUUUAUACCAAAUCGUGGCCGGCGUUGGAGUUGGCCCUAAUUUCCAGUCUCCACUUAUAGCGUUGCAAUCGCUAGUCCCGAAACGCGACAUCGCCACCGCAACCGCCACCUUCGGCUUUAUCCGAAACCUUGGCUCCGCAAUCUCCAUCGUUGUCGGUUCCGUUGUCUUCCAAAACCAAAUGAUUUCAAAGCAAGCCAUGCUUCGAGCCUCACUCGGACCUCAGACGGCAUCCGCGUUUGGUGGCGGCUCUGCGGGCGCCAAUGUCAGGAUCAUUGCCUCACUGCCUGACAGCCAGAAAGCUGUUGCGAGGAAAGCGUUUGCGGAUAGUCUGUCGACUAUGUGGAUUCUGUAUGUUGUGUUUGCUGCGGUGGGGUUGGGGGUGUCCUUUUUGAUUACGAAGAAUGUAUUGCAGAAACAACAUGAAGAGACGAAGACUGGGUUGGAAGAAGAGAAGAAGAAGAAGCUGGAACGCGAGCAGGAGAAGGCGGAGAAGAGACGGAGUAAAUUGGCGAGUAGGGGUGAGCUGACAAUUGAUACUGAGGCGGGAACAGCAGACGCGGCGAAGGAGAAGGAUGUGAGAGUGUGAGGAUAAUCACAAAUAGCUGUUAUGGGGAAGGAACUACAUCCGUAAUGUACGACGUAUAGUGUAACAUAACAUAUAUAGACAACGUCCCAAAAUAAUGUAGAAUACAAGAUCAAAA